AUGAAUCGUCUUUUGAAAUUGCCCUAUUCAUUUUGCCUUCUUGCUCAUCUGUAUAUGAUAGUCGCUGGUAAUUUUGGGUUUUUAGAAUCAAAGGUCAUCGACAGAAGAUCAUUAGGCUCUAGAUUAGACCUGAACAAAUUGCUAACUGAUGAAGAAGUUGAGAAACACUUGGAGGGACUCUCAUGUAGCAAUAAUCCUAGAAACAAUUUGAUUGACUUUGGAGGAAGCGAAUAUGGCCAGCGGGAAGCUGCGAAUUCAGAGUGGAUCUUUCCUGCGUCGCACGGUCAACCGGCUUUCAAGCCUUGUACCAGAAGCAAGGAGGCAAAAGAUCAUCACGUAGGGUACACUCAACCAGCUCCAAUUUCCGGCUUGCAAGACAGUCAACAUGGAUAUCCCAUGGUACAUGCGGGAAACCUGGGACUUGGGAAAUUAUAUGCUCCAAACCGAAGUGACUUACAUUUGGAUGAGGGUCUUUACAAGGGUCCAGGAUUGCUCCUGAAAAAAGCGGUUCCAACGACCAAACUACGUGAUCAACCUGAAGCAAAUGAAUGGGCUGAGAAAAUUCUUAAGAAUUGUGGUCAUCAAGCAAGCAACCCCUCAGUUCACAAAGAUAAGAUGUUGCGUCCUAAUUUUGUUCAACCCACAGAAUUGCCUUCAAAUAUUGGCAGCUCAAAAAGUGCAUCAGCCUUUAAGGCAUACCAAACUCCUGCUAAACCUCCGGAACAUGCCAAAAUCACCGAUAUCAGUGAUGUCCUGAACUUCAUGGAUCAAGAAGUCCGACUCUCAGCAAGCCAGAUAAAGCAUGUUGAAAGUCUUGGAAGUCAGAAGCGUCGGAAAACUGAAGCCGGAAGAUUCUCUGAGAGCAUGUUCAACGGAAGCGCUGAACAAGACACAGAACCUGGAUCAUCUACUACGCAGGAUGUGGAAAUGGAUAGCAGACUGGAGCAAAAUGAUUUAAAAAGAGGCCAGUCAAUGAGCCCCUUGAGACGCCAAAAGCGUGGUCGGCCAAAGCGGCGCAAGUCAUUAUUUGAAGCCCAGAUGCCACAAGGGGAUCAAGGUGUGUUUGACUUUCAAAAAGAGUCAAGCUAUAUUUCCUCCAUGAAGCUCAUUCAACAGGGGAGGGGGACAAGGAUGAUGCACAACUCAGGCACGUUAGCUAGUUUGGAAAACCUUCAGCUGGCAAAUUUACGAGACUCAAACUCACUUGAGCAGAACUCGAAUAUUUCACCUAUUGAAGCUCAAUUGAGAUGGGCUUAUGGUCAGCAGAGAGCCGAUAUAAAACGUCUAAUCCAUCUCAUCCGUGGUUACUCUGAUUGGAUAGGUGAUGGCAGUCACAAGAACUUUGAAGCAAAAGAUAUAGUGAUUGAGAUGAGUAAGCUUGGAAAAACCUGUUCCCGUGUUGUUCAAUUCUUUAGAUGA